AUGUUUACCUAUUCGACCAAGCGACAACGGACCCCCGAUGGGUCGAUCGAUUCCGAGGAAAUCGCGAUCCGUGAGAAAAAGAGACUCCGUCCGCUAACUUUACGCACUCCACCGGAUACCUGUCAAUCGACUUUCUGCGAAGCCAAUCAGCUGCUCCCUCAGUUCCAUCUCUCUACAUUGACACCAAUUGAGCCUUCGGACGAUGACAGCGAUGACCAACACCGGAUUGACAAUGUGGCCCAUCCUACCACAUCCUUACAUCGUCCGCUUCCCGGUCCCUCAUCAGAUUCGUCGAUGGACAUCGACAGUCUCCCGCCGUCGAUAAGUUAUGAUGAUCUGUCGGCGUCGUCAAUGGGCACGCAAUAUAGCCAUGGCAGCGUCCAACCGUCACCCAUCUCUCAUAAUCUCAUUAGCCAGUCAUUGAACAUGGACGGAGGACACCCAGUUGCUACCAAUCAAAUACUUUUCGCCAACUCAGAUACCAAUGUCGCCAUGAAUGAAGAUUUCGUAUCUGAAGCGGAAGUUUCUGGCUUGUAUCCGGGUGCUGCCAGAAACCAUGAAUCGGUCUGGUGGACUCUUCCAGGUGUCCCCAGCCCCAUUAGUGAGGACGAGGGUGUUUGUGUCACUGGGACCGGCACACCGGCAAGCGAAGCUGAAAUGCCUUCUUCCACAUCUUACCCAGCGUCAGCCAAUUCAUAUGGCGUCCAUGACCAGGCACUAUGGAACACCGAUAUGCAAGCACCAUCUACGAACCAUACCAUCAGUCGCGAAGAAACCAAAUCGUCUAUCCCCGCUGCAAAUAGAGCAUCAAACAAAAAGAAGCUCAAUAUCUUCAUGGGCUAUCGCGCUGACUGUGAGAAAUGUCGACAGAAGGUGCCUGGUCAUUACAGCCACAUUAUACACGCAUGA